AUGACGCACGACACGUCUGCGGUCGUCGAGGCUGUUCCGGCCGAGAGGAGAAGUCUCUUUGGGACGACCGAGGUGGGAUCUGGAAGCUGGAAUGAUGUCCCAGGGCGCAAAGGCCUGAACCCUCUCAAUCGCCCACUCGGCGAGGCAAUCGCCAGUGUCAAUGAGAUGGCGAUGCGGCGGCAGGUGGAAGAGAAGAACCACGAAGUCGACGACUGGCUGGGCCACUCAAGCUUUGCUCUGGAGGACAACGUCGGACGGCACGACACUAGCCACUCCCGAGACGAGAUGUCGCCUGUGGUGACCGACGACUGGGGGCCACGGACGCCACCAACGAGCGAUAUAUUCGUCGGGGUCGACGAUCGAGAACCCUCUCUCGGCGAUGAGACGGAGAACAAGCCUCUCCCUGGCCAGACCUACUUCAUCGAAGACGGGCCCGAGUUGAGCACGGUGGAUCUCUCACUCAUGCGCGAGACAGCACCCUGGCAGGAUGCGCCCGCACUCUUCAAGAUCGAGAACGUCGGCGAAGCGAAGCUACUCAGUCAGCCAGAGACCUCGCAUGCGGCGAUUGCGAGAUUCGAAAGCAUGUGUGACGACAAUAACUCGGUUGUCUCGCGGGCAGCUACCUGGGGCACCCGCCGUCGAACCGUACCCGAAUUGGACGACAUUGAAGGCAUUACGAGUGGGCUAUUUCUAAAGAAGCUUUCCCUCGGCUCUCGCACUCAAUCAAAGCCUUCGGCAUUCGACGGCGUGCGCUCCUUGCUGAAGAGGUCUCCCCCAUAUGCAUUUCUGAAGCGUGCAAGGACCAAGGAACCCGAAGAUGGUCUCGUCGGCAUGUGGAAGACGCUCGGUGGCCCUCCCGUUCCCAGCUUGUCGACGGUGCCCAAGCCUGCAGUGACUGAACCCGACAACGAGGACGAUGGCGAGUCAGACCUCGGCGACGGCGACUCUGGCAGUCUGGAACCCGAGAUUGCCACCAGUGAUUUCUUUAAAGGUUGCAUCCCCGACUUUGACCGUUUUCGGCAGCAUGCGCGAAAGCUCAAUCCAAUGUUGAGCCACACGAAUGCCUAUCUUCUCGACAACGUUGCCCACCAUCAAACCGCCCGCUUCGAUUCCCUUGUAUCCGCAAGGACCAAGCAUGUCAGCGACGUUGAAACCCAGAAUUGUCCUUCUAGAUUUUGUUGCAUUGCCCUCGGAGGCGGCCCCCGGCUUCUCCACGCCAAGGGCGAUCCGACAACGACCAUCAAUGUAAAAGACUCGGAUGAGGAAGCAGAUCCGGUACCCGGUACAUUCAGAGUCGCAGAGGAGAACUUUUCCAAGGGCAUUCCGAUGCCCCCGACAGAGGGGCUACCAGCUCAACUGGAGUGCCAGACAUGCUACAAGGUCAAAACAAUCUGGAGGCCAUCGGACUGGACUAGGCACAUCAUCGAGGACCUUCAGCCCUAUGUGUGCACCUAUGAUGGGUGCCUGCGGAGGUUCAAACGCAAGGUCGACUGGGCCAGGCACGAAAACGAGGUCCAUCGCCAUCACGGGUGGUGGGCCUGUGACGAGAAAGAUUGUCGACACAAGUCUUACCGACGCGAUGACUUCCUCCAGCAUCUCGUCAGAGAACACAAUCUCACAGCGCCUAAAGCCAACACCGGGGGACCGACCAAACGAGCCGGCAGUACGGACCCUAUUACCUGGCAGAAGGUGGAAAAGUGCCAUCACCAAUCGCGAUCCAAGCCACAUGAUGAACCCUGCCGCUUCUGUGGGAAAGCGUUUACAACGUGGAAGAAAUUGACCGAUCAUCUGGCCAAGCAUAUGGAGGAGAUUGCUCUGCCCCUUCUAAGCCUUGUUGCCAGGGAAGACUUGACUCCCGAUAACUUUGUCUCUCCAGUUGAUAGCCCUCCACCGGCUCCUUCCCGCCAUGGAGAUUCAAUCUUGGCGUCACGUGCGUUUUUCGAGCACUUUACCCCCGUAUCCCCGACGAUCAACGAGAAAACACCUGACCGUUAUGCUCAGAUGGCCUCACAGAAAGAUUAUAUGCCCGACCUGUCCUGUGACUCUGGAAUUAGUAUGGACCCCAACGGCAAGGGUCCUUCCGACGAAUGCCCAGGACAAUCUUCCUCUGAGGAAGAGCCGACAGAUGCUGAGACGCCAGGACAGCUCUCAGCCGAGAGUCACUACUCUAAAUCUCAAAGGGAAGUUGAAAACCUAGACCACCGCCCUGCCAGACAAGUGGGAAUCGCAAGGAUUCGGGUCGAGCUGUUGUCUGUCUCGAGACCGGGCGAUGGCUACGAUUCCGAAGCCUCCGAGCCACUUUCAGCGGACGAAGGUGAAGGCCCGGUGGACGAUGACGGCCAGCGUGGGGAGGAGGAGUCGGGGAAUAACCCCGGGUCUUCUGGCAGCAGUCCGGGUAACCCUAGUAGUAAUACUGUCCAAGGUCCAUCCGGGGGAUCGGGCUCCUCAGGGAACGGUCAACAGGACUCGGGAUCCAAUGAAAGAGGAAGCGGCGGGCGGGGUGGUGGUAGGAAAAGGCGACGCCAGAAUUCGCCAGAUGCGGCGAUGAAGAAGACUAUCCAACGGUUCGCCUGCCCGUAUCAAGUGUACGAGCCAUUCCAAGGCUGCUUGGGUCGAGGACCGAGGAACCCAAAAGGGGGUUGUGAUGGCAUAUACCGGUUGAGACAGCACCUCAGCCGAAGGCAUAUGCUCUCAUCCAGAUGUCCAACUUGCUGGAGGUCUUUUGACACCAAAACCAAACAAGACGAGCACAUCAAAAUUGCAAAAUGCCAAGAGAGACCGAGGCCAGUGGGCGAACUCUUCAUGGAUACAGAUCACGAGAGCGAAGUUGAGAAGCCUUGCGGUUCCAUGUCCGAGGAGGAUACAUGGUGGAAGCUAUUCCGGCUUCUCAUUCCGGGCAUGGAAACACGAGACUUUUGCUGGUUGAACACGCAUUACUACCCAUAUUACAUCGCCUACGACGUAUCUAUGACCAUUCCGACCUUGAAUUUCAUAAAUACAUCCUUUUCACAGCCUCAGCCUGAGACCAGUACCGGGGAUGUAUCAACCACAAACGGGUGA